GUUCAGCCAAAGUCGCGACAGGCGGAAGUGAAAAAGGAGAUAUACAGAAAGAAGUCUCUCAGACAUCGAGGACAUUUAUAACACAAAUCCUCUCUGCAAAGUGUAUAAAGUACAAACGACUCCGAGUUCCCAAAACGCAAUUCAUGUAAGUCCUCCGACUCAUCGAUUCAGACUCAAACUCAACCUCGAUUCAAUUCAAUGGCGGAACCAAGCCAAUCCAAAAUCAAGAAAGAAGAGAUGGUCAAGCUGAUCAGCGCCGAAGGCUUCGAAUUCGUUAUCUCUAAGAAAGCUGCCAUGGUUUCUCAGACCAUCCGCAACAUGCUCACCUCUCCAGGGAGUUUUGCGGAGACGGAACAUGGAGAAGUGACGUUUCCAGAGAUUAGCACCACUAUUCUGGAGAAAAUCUGCCAGUAUUUUUAUUGGUCUCUUCAAUAUGCCAGGUUCUUCACUCUCUUCCUCUGUAGUUACCCUUUUGUCUAAUGCUUGUAGAUGUAUUAGUACCUCAUCCCAUUUACAGACUUUUCUGGAGAUCAUAAGUUGAAUAAUGGUGGUAUUAGUCAUUAGAACAUCUACGGUAUCAAGCUUAUCUGCAGUUUAUCUUUGAAAUCAUUAGAUUUAGGGAUUGUGUAAGGGGUAUCUGCUCUAUCUUCCUUUGUAAAAUUGAAUCCCCUUCACUUCUGAAAGGAUUCAGUGUAUUUUCUGUUUUUACUGAUUGAACCACUUCUCUUUCGUUUGGUGAUUUACGAAGUGUUUCCUUGCAUCUGUUCUUUUCUACUUAUGGUUUUGAUAUUUUAAUGCCUAAAGAUAGUUUUCUGAUAAACAUGCGCAAUGGGAGAACUGGCAGACCCAAAGUUGCAACCUUUUCGAUUUAUCUCUUUUCUUAAUAAUAGUGGCAGUAUAAUGUUCAGAAAUUUCUAUGCUUUUGUUGGAGGUUGAGUUGGUUGGGUAAUGUCGAUGAAUUUUCAUCUUGUAUCAAGUUGCAUCUUUGGACCCAGUUGGUAGAGUACCGCAUUUAUACAUAUAUUUUUCCGAAGGGAAUCAAUCCAUUACAAAUUGAUUUAGAUUUCUGAGGGUCUUACUCGAAAGUUGGAUGUCCUACAAACUUUAAUCUGGGGAGUUUGGGAUACAAUUCAUGGAUCAAAUUCUUUCUACACCAUAUUCCUAUCAAGUUACUUCUUUUAUCAUACUUUACAUCACUUGGAGUUAUGAUUGAUGGCCACUGUGUUUGUAGGGAGUAUCAUAUAUGUCAUAACGCAUCAUGUUCACAAACAUUAAACAGAUGAAUUGUUAUUUACUUGGUCUUUUCCUGGUUAUUUGUUUCUCUGCUAAGAGUUUUUUUGUUUCCUUGUCUAUUGGAAAUUUGUUUGUCAUUAUCCCGCCAUUGGAUAAGUAUCUGAUGAAAACAUAUCUAUUCAAUGUCACAAAAGAACAAUGUCAGGGCUUCAAGUUUGCCCUUAUUAUUUCUCUUCUAAAAUCCACUUUUGCCUAGUUGAGUCUUCUACAACCUCAAUUUAGUUAGCACAGGGUGGUGUUCAGACCGGUUCCCUCACCAACUACUUCUAACAAACAUUAUUCAGUCCACUGUCUGGGUUCAGAACAAGGGAGUCGUGGUGCUUGUUUGGAGCCAUUUAAUCUUCGAAAUUGUUCCUUUCUUCUUCUUUUUCAUCUUCUUUUUUUUUUUUUUUGGGUUUUCUUAUUGGUAGGUUAUUGGUAGGUUAGGGGUUAGUAUCCACUGCAGGCUUUGGUUGCUUGACUAUUUGGGGAUCUUGUAUCAUUCUCGAAACAUCUGUUGUUUGUGACUUGGUUUCUGACCACUGGGAUUAAACUUUUCAAUGUUGAGUACAGAUUGUCUUUUGGCUUUUGAAGUUGAGUUGCAUGUCAUAGUUAGCUGUGUUUGUUUGGCUUCUCAAUCAGUUGAUUAGUUUUCAACAUCUAAUUACAAUUGAUCAUCUAUACAUUGUAGUGGAAAGGAGACCGAGUUCCACAUUGAACCUGAGCUGACACUGGAGCUGAUGAUGGCUGCCAACUACUUGCACACCUGAUCCACCAGCUGUUACUGGGCAUCAACCGUAUAGUUUUCUGUGACUGUAAGCCUAUGCCUUCUUGUGCUUUAUACAUUUUUUCCUUCUACUUCUCUUUUCAUCUACUUUACUGGAGUCAGAAUGGAGUGAGGAGAAUGGAGUCCUAAUAUUUCUCAAAGCCAAGUUGACCUUUAGAAAAGUGAGCUAAGGAGUGUGCUAAGACACAUUUUUAUAGGCUAUCCCAAUGACUUGAAGAAAUGAAAUCCAUGAAACACACUUCAUCUGCAUCCUGAGUUCCCUGUGGUGCUGUAAGCAUUGUCAGGCCAUUUAUCUGCAUCUCUUCUGUGUGCAAAAGUUAUCUGUUUUUAUGAGUUUUUCAUUUGUUUCUCUGAACCUUAUUCAUGUUGGUUUUAUCUUCACAGGGGUGAUUUCAGCAUGAGUAGGUGCCCGGACAUCGCCUUUUAUGGGGCGUUGGAGUUGGCUGACGAGUUCAUAUACCACUCUUGAGGGUCGGGAUUGUGUCUAUAUAUAAUUGUUGGACAUCAUUAUUCUGAUUGUUAGGAAAUUGAUGUGAACUAUGUUACGAUAAUGUUUGCUACAGGUGCACAACCUGCACGCUUACAUGGUUUGUACCUGAACUAAAACUACCUCCUGAGUAUGGAGGAUUAAAAGAAUAGUAUGUGGUUGAAGGAUGAUUCGACUAAUUGAGUUAUGUUGUAUGAACACUGUCGGAAUGAAAAGAAGGUAUCACAGUUGACAUUUCGAUCAUUAACUGCUUGAAAUGAAUGGAAUGUCUAUGUAUAUCUAUUUCAACCCCAAUUAAGUUAUGGAGUGAUUGAUGAAUCCAGUUGCGAGAGACUAUUGAAAAUUUUUGGUGUGGUAAUCAAAGGAAAAUACUCUUAUCCAUGCAAAAAGAUAAGAAUCUCGACGGAGAGUAAGUGCAUCAAUUAUUUCUUCCUUUUCUUUUUGUUUUGUUGUUGAUAAGUGCAUCAAUAUUACAAGGUCCACGUUGUUAACGAUGGCUAAGUGAUGGGAUAUUAUUUUGGCACGUUCGUUGUAUAUAUGGUAGCAAAACGAUCAAAUUUCUUAUUUUUGCGUUGUAUUUUGUACACAAACAUUUCUUUUUUUUUUUCAUUUAAUUUAUUAUUCCUUCA